AUGGAGAUGAACAGGAGGGCCGCAGCCGGGCUUUCCGGGCGCGAACCCGGCGCCCGCGGGGGCGGAGCCUGCUGCACGCGCCUGCGCCCCAGUCCCGCCCCUCGGGGCUGGGAAGGUGCCGCCCUCCCGGAAGUGCGCCGAGGCCGGCGGAGGUUCUGCGGCGGCCGCAGGCGCUUGGCCGGGCGGGCGCCGCGCCCUCCGUUCCCGCACGUGGCUCGGCACGUGGCUGAGCGCCCGGCCCUGGGCGCCCUGGAGCCGCCGGCGUCGGUCGCCGCGGCGGUUUCAUCCCUGACCAUCGCCGACGCGUUCGUCAGGGCCGGCGAGAGCCCCGCCCCGCCGCUCCCCGCGCUCCCUAGGAGGUUCAUCUGCUCCUUCCCGGAUUGCAGCGCCGGUUACAACAAGGCCUGGAAGUUAGACGCGCACCUGUGCAAGCACACGGGGGAGAGACCAUUUGUUUGUGACUAUGAAGGGUGUGGCAAAGCCUUCAUCAGGGACUACCACCUGAGCCGCCAUGCCCUGCUUCACACUGGAGAAAAGCCUUUUGUUUGUUCAGCUAGUGGCUGUGAUCAAAAAUUCAACACAAAAUCAAACUUGAAGAAACAUUUUGAACACAAACACGAAAAUCAACAAAAACAAUAUGUGUGCACUUUUGAAGGUUGUAAGAAGACCUUUAGGAAACAUCAGCAGCUGAAAACCCAUCAGUGCCAGCACACCAAUGAGCCACUGUUCAAGUGCACUCAUGAAGGCUGCGGGAAACACUUUGCUUCACCCAGCAGGCUGAAGAGACACGGGAAGGUCCAUGAGGGCUAUAAAUGUCAAAAAGAAUGUUCCUUUGUGGCAAAAACAUGGACAGAGCUCCUGAAACAUGUGAGAGAAACCCAUAAAGAGAAAAUAAUAUGUGAAGUAUGCCAGAAAACAUUUAAACGCAAAGAUUAUCUGAAGCAACAUAUGAAAACACAUAACCCAGAAAGGGAUGUGUGUCGAUGUCCAAGAGAAGGCUGUGGUAGAACCUAUACAACUGUGUUCAAUCUCCAGAGCCAUAUUCUCUCCUUUCAUGAGGAAAGGCGUCCGUUUGUGUGUGAACAUGCUGGCUGCGGCAAAACUUUUGCCAUGAAACAGAGUCUCACUAGGCAUGCUGUUGUGCAUGACCCUGACAAAAAGAAAAUGAAGCUCAAAGUAAAACAGGCUCGUGGAAAACGGAGUUUGUCCUCCCGUCUCAGUGGAUACAUUCCUCCUAAAGGGAAACAAGAACACAGCUUAUCUUUGCCUAAAACUGGAGAGUUGCUGAAUUGCACUGAGGACAAAGUGCUCUCAACAGUUGCGGUACUUACCCUCAGCUAAACAUCCAAUUGUUCUCCACAGACCAGCCAGCUCAGUUACAGGCAGACCUUACUGGUGGUUCCAGACCACUGCAAUAAAACAUGUAGUGCAAUAAAGCAAGUUGAAAUGCCUUUGCUUGUGGAGGAGGGUCUUGCCUUUGAUUUUUGGGGGAAAAUGCAACAUCUGUAAAACACUGUAAAGUGAAGCACAAUAAAACGAGGUAUUCCUGUA